AUGAGUGACACUGAAGAAACAAUGGAUACGACAAAUGACAAGAAUGAGUCAGACAAUGUAACACCUACCAAACGAGCAGCAGUUAUGAAAAGACAAAAAGAAAAACUUGAAGAAAAAAAAGAUGCUGAUGAACUUGAAGAAGAACUUGGUGGUGCUGAUGAUUUACCAGAAGAAGAUGAAGAAGAUUCUGAUCAAGAAUAUACAACAAAAAAAAAGAAACCAAUUAAAAAACCUGAAAUAGUUCUUGAUCCAGCAUUUCAAAGUCGAUUGAAUGAAGAUCAAGUUAAACGAUUUAAUUAUUUACUUGAGCAAACAGAAAUUUUUUCACACUUUGUUCAAGAUGGUCAACUUAAUAAACAUGCCAAAGGUGGUGGUCCAACAUCACCUUUAAAAAUGAAAACACAAGUUAAAAAACCAAUUUUAUCAACUGCUACUAGUAUUACUAGUACUACUAGUGGAGAUCAUCGUCAUCGUAUGACUGAAGAAGAAGAAGAUGCUGAAUUAUUAAGUGAUGCAAAGGAAUCUGAAAGACUCAAUUCAAUAACACGAUUUGAUCAAUCACCAUGGUAUGUCAAAGGGGGUGAAAUGCGUGAUUAUCAAAUUCGUGGUCUUAAUUGGAUGAUAUCAUUAUAUGAAAAUGGUAUCAAUGGAAUUCUUGCCGAUGAAAUGGUAUAA